AUGCAGAGAGCCCUAAAAGGUGACUGGAUAGGGAACGUGGAUGCCAUUCAAGACUCUACGACGGAGGAGCUGACAGCCCUGACAAAAGAAGCGUUUGUCAACUGCUUGCAAGACCUCAAGAAGCGUUGGAAGCUGUUUGGCGCAGGUUCAGCAGGAUGCGCUCUCGCCAACCGUCUCACGGCUGAUGGCAGCAACAGCGUGUUACUUCUGGAAGCGGGGGGCCUCGAGGACGCCGCCGUGCAGGUUCCAUUUUUCUCAGCUGUUUUGCAGCGAACUGACAUUGACUGGGACUACACGAGCGAACGCCAACUUAGCGCCAGCUUGUCCGUCGACGGCCAGGACUGGGGCAAGAAACACAAGGUCGAAAUCCUUGAAUUCAGAAUGGAGAAUCUCGGCAAGCUCAUCUACAGCAUUUAUAGACGUCUGCACGGCAAUAUUAACAGACUGCCGCGUGGCAAAGCCUUGGGUGGCUCGAGUUCAAUCAAUCAUGUUAUCUACGCUCGAGGAAACCGCAAAGACUACGAUAACUGGGCAUCUCUGUAUGGCGCCGUGGGCUGGUCUUACAACGACGUGCUGCCAGACUUCAUCAGUAUUGAAACAUCUUACCUAGGCAUCGACAAUGGUGUGAAAUAUAAGCGAUACCUCAGAACACAUAGUGUUCGGGCAAAAAAAGAAGUAAUACUUUGCGCCGGAGCCAUAGCGUCUGCACAACUACUGAUGCUAUCGGGCAUAGGACCUCGGGAACAUCUGGAAUCAUUUGGGGUGAAGAACGAGGGACGACCGAUGAAAAAGCCCGUAUUGGUGCUCGUCUCACACUUGUCUCAUGUUCUUGUUCCUUUAGUUACGCUCAAUCCCACUACUGUUGAAGCAGGAUACCUAGCCGGUCUAAUAGGAAUAUCGCAGAUUUAUGAAAGUUACUACAAGCGAAAGCAAGGAGACGACGUAUUAAUGAUUGUGCCAAUACUUCUGCGUCCAAAUUCUUCAGGCUUCAUUCGGUUGAAAAGCACCAAUCCUGAAGAAUAUCCUAUUAUUGACCCAAAGUUUCUCACAGCUACAUCUGACCUCGACACAUUAAUUGAAGGCUCCAGAAUUGCCGUGCAGACACUCACUACGCAAGCCAUGAGGAAUGGCAACGUGACCAUCUGGGACAUUGCCCUACCGGCGUGCGAGUCGGCAGGGCCAGUAUGGAGCGAAGCAUACCUGCGUUGCUUCGUGCAGCACACUUCACUCAGCGGUUGGCACCCUUGUUGCACUGCCCCGAUGGGGACACAUGCUCAGGCUGUUCUGGAUCCUAGGCUCAGAGUCCUUGGCGGCGUAAAAAGGCUUCGUGUUGUGGACGCUUCUUCAAUGCCCUACCUAACAACAGGAAAUCUUAAUUCACCACUAAUGAUGAUGGGUCACCGAGCUGCCGCCAUGAUAAUGGAAGACAACUUCCAGUAG